AUGGUCGAGUCGAUAAUGGUGAGGAAAAAGGAGGACGAGAAGGCGAAACAAGCCGUUGACGAUGACGUCGUCUGCCUGCCCGGUGGGUUUCGCUUCGCCUUUUUAACGGCGGCUCCGUUGAGGAGGGUGAGCCGAUCCGGGAGAAACAAUGCUAACUGGCCUUCUCCCGGUUCGGCGGAGUCUAUAAGAGAGAGAGAAAAAACAGAGGUAAAGCAAUAUGAUUGACCGAAAACCAACGCGUUCGCGUCUCGUAACGAUAGAAAAAAGAGAGGAGGAUUCGUUGUUUGAUUCCGCCUGAUUAUUCUCGCAAGAGCCCAAUCGGACAUUAAGUGUAUACUCGUUCACAUUAUGGUCGCGGUUCGUUAUCCCUCCCCUCCUCUACGGGUGUUUCGUUCAAUUAUUGUGUUUUAUAAUAUUCCUUUUUUCGUUUGAUUGCGCCCGUUACACAGGCUCGUCAUGUCAUGUCCAGAGCACACCGAAACGGCGUAUUUACAAGAGAGUUUGGGGGUUCUAAACUACAAUGAAAAUCUUCAUUAGCGUCACGACGCGUGUGAAAUUAAUUUAAACUAAUGGUAAACUGAUAAAAUAAAACAAGACGGAAAAUGUUUGUUUUUCGAUUUUGAUUAUAGAACGAAUUGAUGAAAAAACAAUCGCGUUUUGUCUAUAAUAUAAUAUUGUGCAAGUGGCUUUGAGCUUUCUGUUAGUUUACAAUAUAUUAUAGAAACACGAGUAAUUAAUGAUUUCGACGUUUGUAUUUACAAAAAUAUUGGAAUUUAUUUCGAAAACAGUUUGCACGCUCAAUAAACCACUUUAAAAGUCACGGUUUGGUCGACACUUUGAGAAAUUGAUGUUUUUGUGUCGAUAUUUGUAUAAUAUAUUCGUAUUAUGCCGUGUAAUGAAAUCGUUCACGGAAAAAUCGUUCACGGUUUCCAAUGUCCGCGCUAAAAACUAUUUUCAUCACGAAAUUAUCGUAUAAUAAUAUUUGGUGUUCAUCACGAGCAGAAAUAAUAAUGUACGAGCAUAAUUUAAGCCCGAGCGUCGUAUGACUUUUUAAUUAAGGCCGCCGUCGUACUUAAGGCACUUGUCGAGUCGGAAAUUGGCACGCGCGUCUACAAUAUUACAUUAUAAUGUGUACAAAACACUGGAAGAAAAGCGGAAUUUCAGUUUAAAGGGAAGAGCGGAGAUCUAAUUUAUUAAACUCGCGAUCUUCUCGCCGGUUCGCGAAUUCCGUCGUGAAUAUCGCCAUGUACAUUUUCGUCGGAUGAGGAAAUUUUCCCCCCCCUCGGGAUUCAAACCGCGAUAAAUUGCCUUCUACGAUUUUAUAAUGCCACUUCCCGCGUAAUACUAUAACUGGAACCCGACAUUCAUAUUUCCGGCCUCCAAAUCCAGUGGCGUGCCCGGGAAGUAAAUAGGAGAACGGGAUGUAAGAAAUAAAAGCGUAGAAUCUUUUUCCGCAAUGUCUGAACCGACACUAAGCAUCGAUAAGCCGGAUCAAAAAACGUCAAUUUGUAUGCAAUAAAAAAGUUCUUUCCCCCUCGUAACGCGGCUGAAAUAUAUAAUUUCAAGACAAAUAAUCAUUUAUAUACUUAUAGACGAAUACUCGUAAUAUUCGAGUUGUCUUAUUAAGCCGGCGGGAGACCAUAACCUAUAACAUCCCAUCGCACCCGCGCACACCGUUCCUAUAACGGCCACUGUAUAGUGAGUUUUCUCCUCUAAUACCUUACUUGCCGUCAUUGUUGUUUUCCUAUCUCAACACGCCCAUAAUGCCAUCUUAACAGUCAAUCUGUCCUCCCCCGUUUCCCCCGCUAUGUCUACUAAAUACUCCUAAACCAUCGUACACGUUACGACCGUGCAUUAUCCCAUUCGACCCGAUGGCACCGGCGUGUCGCGCGCAUCAUUCUCCUCGUUUCUCCUGCCUUCUUUGCCGUGCCCCAACACUAUGCAGACGCCGUCGGGUAUCGCGGGAUAUCAUUUCUCGUGCUCGGGAUCGGCCGAAAUCGCGUCGAUAUCUGUUUUGUUUUUAUUAUUAUUGUUCGUUGUUGUAGUCGAUUUUCUAAUUGUCCGUCCGUUUUCGCAGGGUACCAGAUAUUACCACCGCCGGCCAACGGCGGCAUCAACGAGCCACAAGACUGCCCGUACUGCCGGCGGACGUUCAGCUGCUAUUACUCGCUAAAAAGACACUUCCAAGACAAACACGGGCGAUCGGACACGCUGUACGUGUGCGAGUUCUGUCGGCGGCGGUACCGGACCAAGAACAGCCUGACCACGCACAAGAGCCUGCAGCACAGGGCCUCGACGGUCGCGCUCAAGCGUCUGAUGAAAACCGUCGCCGCCGGUCCGGCCGCUCCUACGACCGGACUGCCGCCCGCGCCGUAUCCGACCCCGCCGACGGCCUUGUCGCUUCCGGCGCGGUCUCCGCGGCCCGCGCCCGCGGCGGAGUGUCCACUUCCCGCCGCAGCAGCAGUGUCUUCGCCGUCGCCGCCGCCGCCGCCGCAGCCGCCGUCGGCGGUCCGCGCCGCCUUGCUGUGUUGA